AUGAUGGAUCCAGUAGAUACUACCAACACUAGUACCCAUGAAGCUGUUGUUGUUGACGUUGUUGGUGGAGGUGUCGGCGAUUCAAGUCUAGUAGUAGCUGGUGCCAUUGUGGAUGGUGCAACAAGAGACGGUUCCCGUAACUCGUCAUUGUUCAAGACCAGUUUGCCACCAAGGAAAAGAGCCAAGACACAGGAGGAGAAGGAACAACGUAAAAUUGAAAGAAUAUUGCGAAACCGAAGAGCAGCUCACGCUUCGAGGGAGAAGAAGAGGAAGCAUGUCGAGUACUUGGAAGUGUAUGUUGUCAAGUUGGAGGAGAACUUCAAGAAGUUGCACGAAAGCUACCAGGCUUUGGCGGGAAAAUUGUCGAGUCACGAGCCAAAAAAGUUGGUUGAAGAUUUGAAAUUGGACUUGAACUUGGAUUUGAACUUGGACGACUUGAGUGAGUUGAAGGGCAAAAUCCAUUCCAACAUGAAUUGUUCGAGAAAAGGUGGCAAGAAGGAUUUGGAUGAAAAUGAACACGAAGAUGAAGAUGAAGAUGAAGACGAAGAAAACGAGGAAGAACACACUGAAGAAGGUGUAUCUAGUGAAGGACUGGCCAGUACUACUAUCUCGUCCUCCUCACCUCCAAAAUCGAAAAAGAGGAAGUUGUCAAGGACCAAGGAAACCAAACCCAAGAAUUCCACCCUGAUAUCUACUCCACCACCUUCCACAUCGACUUCCUCUGUCGAGUCGUCAUCCCCAGUGGAAAUCAAACUCGAAAAGUGCGAGUCACCUGUCCAUAACUCGGAGAAUGACAAUACUUUUUUCAACUACUUGUCACCAGUUUCACUAAACUCACCAGCCACUACUCCAAUUGAUUUGACAUUGACAAACAACUCCAACAUCGAUGAUUUGAUUUUGAGUAACAUCAAGGAAGAUGUUGCACCCAAUGUCGAUGAAAUUGAAGCUUCGUGGCCACUCUCUGAAGAAGAUGAAUCAAGUUCCCAUAACAAAUACCAUUCACAUACAGAAACACAUUCACACAAACUUCAAAAUGAAUCUAACUUGUCCAUGUUUGAAACGGGGCAAAAUUCAGCAGUAAUUUUGUCAGUUGAGCAAGAAAAGCAACAACCAAUCAAAACAUUGGUGGAUAUCCUUAAUCAUGAAAAUUGCAUCAAGCUGGUUAUCGCUGUAUGA